GGCUGAGUAAGAUCCGCAGUCUCCUCAGAACGGUCCUCGAUGUCGAACGUAAGAUACACUUAUUCUCAAGCUAACACUUAGCAAGUUUUCGCGAGUGUCUCUGCGCGGUGUUCUAGUUUCUAAUAGAUUUAACAGUUCCUUCCUACUUCCCGCUUCAAGUGAUAUUUCGUAGUUGAAGUGAAUAAUUAAUAACAACCUGAUCGGGUGUUUCUAUUGUGUAAUACAGUAAACAUAGGCUUUUUGAAGCUUUAUAUUCUACUGCCAGUGCCGGAGGCUAUCGAGUGCAGUGUGCAUCUUCAGUGAUUUAUCGGAAAUUAUUGCUUACAUGUUGUGAAAUUUUAUUGAAAGUACAGAGCAGCAGUAUUAAAUAUUACCGUUUACUAUCUGGCAUCAUGCCACUUCAUGGUAGUGCCCAUUAUCGAGUGUUGUGCUGAUGCGAAAUUAAUAAUUUAUAACUGAAAGUAAAAAGUGAUUGCUUAAAAUGCGUCCAGUGGUGAAUACUGUUGUCGUUCAAGCAUUUGUAAUUGUAUUUUUUACCAUCGCUAAAAUAUCAGCCAUCACGAACUUGUCCGAUCACGUAACGACGGAUGUACCCAAGGAGAGCACCAGAGGCGAUCUGGCUAAUGAUACGGAGAUCGUCGAUACAACACUGCUGAUCAAAGAAUACGAGAGGACAAACCCUGCCGGCGAUGAGACGACUACAAUUGUCAUUAGCAGCAGUAGCAGUACCAAACCUUCGCAAAACAUUCCAACAGUAGAAAAUGCCACCGUACCGAGUGUGCCAGCUGAAAACAAAACGAUGACCCCGGAGGAACUCCAGAAGCUACUGCUCCCGCCGGCCAAAGUCGAGGCCGCCAUACUGCACUUCAACACAACGGAAGAUACGCAUGAGAAGAAUAUGAACGAUCCUGACUGCCCGUCCCUAGACGAAGCGGACCACAUGUCUCAGACGCAGCUACUUUCUCGGCUCACUCACGUCUGCCGGUAUGAUCGAUUGGAGCGACCGAUGACCAUUCAAAAUGGUACAAAAUUGCCGGUAGAGGUUUUUGCCCGAGCAUACAUCUAUUUCCUCCAAAACUUGGAAGCACAUGACUUGCAAUUCAAAAUCCACGCAUUGCUCCAGCUACGGUUCGUAGAUCCUAGACUAGUUUUUAAACGAGUUGCACCGAACCGUACGGAUCCAAUUAUGGGCGAACAGUCGCUGCGGGACGUGAUUUGGGUACCGCACGUUUUCCUAGCUAACGAGCGCAGUUCAGACAUUCUGGGAACGGCAGAAAAGGACAUUCUGACAUCGAUUUCACCGGAUGGUACUAUCAUAAUAUCCACGCGAAUCAGUGCCACGUUGUAUUGCUGGAUGAAUCUGCAGAAAUUCCCAUUCGAUGAGCAACAUUGCUCCACGGUGCUUGAAAGCUGGAUGUACAACGUUGGCGAUCUUAUUCUGAAAUGGGAGAAAAGCACUCCGGUGACACUGGCCCCAGAGCUACAUCUAACAGAAUAUGUACUUUUAGAUAUGUUUACUAAUGAGACAAUCGUUAAUGCUGAUUUAAGUGAUCUACGACACGGUGCUUUUGCUGGAAACUACAGUUCGCUAAGUUUCACUGUCCAUCUUGCUAGAGAAAUGGGCUUUUACUUAAUGGAUUAUUUUAUUCCCUCGAUUAUGUUAGUAGCGAUCUCUUGGGUUACAUUUUGGUUACAAGCAGACCAGUCUGCACCUCGAAUCACAUUGGGAACCAGCACCAUGUUGACUUUUAUUACGUUAGCUUCUGCCCAAGGCAAAACACUGCCGAAAGUUAGCUACAUCAAAGCCUCAGAAAUCUGGUUUCUGGGGUGUACUGGUUUUAUUUUUGGCAGUUUAGUGGAGUUUGCUUUUGUAAAUACUAUUUGGAGACGAAGGAAAAAUGUUGAGCUGAAGAAAAAGAACAGCAAAUAUAUUUUUAAAUCUCUCACUCCACUCCCUACUCGUAAGGAUAUUGGAGGCUUACAGAAAUCUCAUUCCUGCACUAGUCUAGACGGUCAAGCGACGGUUACUGCUUCGACGAACUCAUUUAACAAUUAUCUAACAGUUCACUCUUUUCCAGCGAAAUCCAGUUCUACACUUCCUAUUAUAACCACUUCCAGUGUAGAUAAUUUGGAUAACCGAAGCGGUAACGUUUCAAUAAGGAUAGAAGAUACCUCGUUGGUCAACGGCGAUGCGAAGAAACCUGGCGACCAGUCCAAUGUGAAUGGAAAUGGUUGGACGACAAUGACACCGCAGGAAAUAGCUAUAUGGAUCGAUAAACGGUCACGAUUUGUAUUUCCGCUUUGUUUCCUAGUAUUCAACAUUUUCUACUGGUCCUUCGUGUACUAUACGUGAUUUAAAGCAAAACAUCGUCGCAAAUCUCAACGUUGAAUACAGCAUUCGCUAACAGAAGGAAAUCGUUGCCAUUGUAAGAUUAAAAUGUGCCAGGUGAUUUUAGUGUAGGAAAACGAUAAAACUAUCGAUAUAUGUAAAUGUAUUUAUGUGUGUAAGUUCUAAUCACAGUUAAAAUAACAGCUUUGUUCACGUUAGCAAUAUUAGUACUAUCACUAAAACGAAUGUAAAAAAUAGUC